UAAGUUUCAUUGUUCUUUUAUUUUCUGUUUAUAUUUUAUUUUCCGCAUUAUAUUUUCCGAGACUAUUUUCUUCCAUAUUCAAGCUUAUCUAUGCUUCAGAUUCACACAUACAAUUUGAAGCAUCAACACACUACAUGAGGUCAUAUCAUUAUAUCAAAAAAAAAAAAAAAAUCAUACUAGCACAUGCAAGAUUAGAAACACAAACAAAUAAUCAAGCAAACCUUAUUUCAGUCAAAUGAAUAAUUUGGUGAAUUAUUUCAUGAAAGAUAUGAAUCUCCUCCCUACAAUGAUGCCAACAAAAUAAAUAAAUACAAAAAUUUGUAGAUUUUGUAGGCGAAUGGAAUAAUCCAGCAAACUGUUAUUUCAAUAUUUUUGUUUUGUCUGUUAAGUUGGGGACCUCCUUUUGUUUGUGCAGCAGCACUGCAUAUUUUAGCCAAUUCUAUCUCCUUAUGGUCAGUAUUCAUCCACACUCUCUUCCUAUCUUCAUACAUACACUCUCCAUCUCCUUCCUCCCAACUACGGUUAAGCCACGCCGAUGGCCCUUUGGGAGAAGCAUUUGCUCCUCCUCGCCUUCCUCUGCGCAGCACUCCUCAUCCAAGAUGCCACAGGGUCUAGAGUUCGAACGGGACAUGGCAGAGAGUAUGUUAUUGCAUCAUCAGGAGGAAUACAAGAUGGCUCUAGAAGAUUGCUGAUUGGCUCGGUGGCACCAACGUGCACCUACAACGAGUGCAGAGGGUGCCGGUUUAAGUGCAGAGCCGAACAAGUUCCCGUUGAAGGCAAUGAUCCUAUAAACAGCGCUUAUCACUACAAAUGUGUUUGUCACAGAUAGAAUUUUUGCACCUUUGAGUUUUUUGUCCAAAUAUAGGAGCAUCAGCCUUUCCUUAUGUUUUCAUACUAUUUCUUACUACUGAAAAAAUAUAGAUUCAUUUUGUCCAGAA